UAUUAACAUGUUAUGGUUGGACGCGUUUAGGUAUUGAUCCUGUAUUUCUGUUAGUUAGAAACUUGUGCGUCGGGCGAUCUUUGCAGAGCGUCUUGUAUCUACUGAACAGUUUUUAUUUUACAACGCCAUAACAUGCCGAAGAGGAGUUCUGAGGAAGCUGCUGAUAGCAAAGACUCGAAAAAACUAAUAGCGCCAGCGGCAACACGAAGAUCUUCAAGAAUCUUAGCACAAGGACCACCACAACCUAAACAAGAGCCUAACCGUACGAAGCCAGCUUCUAAGAAGCAAGCCGGGGAAAAGGCACCAGCAAAAGGCAAGAAAGGAGCUAAAAAAGACGACCAGCCGGCAGAAGGCCCUGUGCCUGCUGAAAAUGGGGAAACCAAGAAUGAAGAGAUCUGUAUUUCUCGCUCCUCAGUUAGUGUGUCUGCAUCUAGAAGUACUCCUCCCAGCUUGCUGUCAGUAAAAGGGCAAGCUGAAACAGUGAAAGUAAAUAAGGGCACAAAAAACUGACUCUGCGGGUGACAAGAAUGAAUGAAGAAUCUGACAUCAUGAAUUUUUAGUUGAUAUUUUUAUGUACCUCUUGUACAACAGGAAAAGUAUUUUUUAUCAAGUAUUUUGUAAAUGCUAUUUUUUUUUUUUUUUUAAAUACCUGUGGUAGUGGAAUUUUACCAGUAUACAUUAAGAUUUAUGCUAAUAACAAGUCUUGUUCACUAGGAUGCAUUUUUACCAAUACUCCCUUGUUCAUGACAAUGGUGUGUUAUCUUUAUCAAUUGAAAUUUAAUUAUGAGAAUUGUGUGAUUUGGAUGAGCAUUCCAUGCACUUGCAUUUCCCUGUGUUCAGUUUAGAUGACUUUAGAGCUUGUAGUGACUUCUGUUUGUGUUUUGGUAGAAUUUCUUUUUUAUUAGAUUUUUUUUUUUUUAAGGCAGAUAUUAAAUAGCAAUAAUCAGGGGUGCUUUGUACUAAAAGUUUAAGAGGUGUGUUUUUUUUUUUUAAAUGCAGAUCUAUGAUCACGCAAUCACUACUUGGGAUUAAUUCCAUGGAACUAUUUUAAAAUAAAAAAGCAACUUGUCCAA